UGAGCGGCGGCAGUGGCCGGAGCGCGGUGAGGCGGUGGCGGAACUCGGAGGCGGCCGCAGCGCAGGGCGUGGCCUGAUGGAGGAGGAGGAAAAGCCCCAAAUGUACCUCAUGAAGAGGGGCAGCAAACCCUGCCCAGGGAGCUCUGGGGAGGAAAGAGGCCCCGUGAGCCAGGAAUGCAUCCUGAGAUCCAGCCAGAGCUCAGAGCUAGUGAAGAAGCCUCAUGUCAGGGAGAAGCCACACAGAUGCUUGGAAUGUGGGAAGUGUUUCAGCUGGAGCUCCACCCUGAGGCAGCACCAGGUGAUCCACACUGGGGAGAGGCCCUUUGAGUGUGAGGAGUGUGGGAGGAGUUUCAGCCACAACUCUGUCCUGAUCCAACACCAGAGGAUCCACACUGGGGAGAAGCCCUUUGAGUGUGAGGAAUGUGGGAAGAGCUUCAGGCAGAGGGGCCAACUGAUACGACACCAGGUGAUCCACACUGGGGAAAAGCCCUAUGAGUGUGGGGAAUGUGGGAUGAGCUUCAGGCAGAAGGGCUACCUGGUGCAGCACCACAUGAUCCACACUGGGGAGAAGCCCUUUGAGUGUGGGGAAUGUGGGAAGGGCUUCAGAGGAAGCUCGGCCCUGAUUCGGCACCAGGUGAUCCACACGGGGGAACGGCCCUACAGCUGCUUGGAAUGUGGGAAGAGCUAUGGGUGGAACUCUGACCUGAGAAAACACCAGCGCACCCACACUGGGGAGAGGCCCUACGAGUGUCCUGAGUGUGGGAAGAGGUUUCACAGGAGCUGCGAUCUCCUCAAACAUGAGCGGAUUCACACGGAGGAGAGGCCAUUCCGCUGCCCCGACUGUGGGAAGGGCUUCAAGCAAAACUGCAAACUCACCAUCCACCGGCGCAUCCACACCGGGGAGAGACCCUACGAGUGUUGGGAGUGUGGGAUGAGAUUCUCACAGAGCUCUCACUUGACAGAACACCAACGGAGGCGCCACUGAGGGAAGCCCUGCGAGUGCCCCAAGUGUGGGAAGAGCUUUGUGUGCUUCUCCAGCUCCAUCCGCCAUGAGAGGAUCCACGUUGGAUGAUCCCCAGUGACCAUUGUUGGGCAGAGCCCUGGUGGUCCAUGGUCCUGCUGAUCUGUGUUGGGAAGACACCUGGCUUGGAGGCUUCACAUCUUCCUGGUUCCCUGUGGGCAACUAGAUAAAUGCAGCAGCAGGAACAUCCAUUGGGACACAGACCAGCAAUAGGAAUUCCUUGGGGACAGCAGAUUUCGACUUUCAACCACAUAAAAUCUCUUGCAUUCAAUCCUAUCUUCUGGUAACAUCAGCUAGUACUGAAUGAUGUUGAAGGUAUGUUCAGGGUGGACUGGACUAAAUGAUUCUUGUUUCCCCAGUCUGUUCUGUUUAUGCUGAAUAAUAAGUUUUGUACCUUUAGGACUUGUCCUGAAAGGGGGAGAGAAGAAGCACGGAGUUUGUUUUCAUACUCGGCACUCACUCCUCGACAUUCCUGCUCCUGUGCUGUGUUGUCUGCGGUUGGACAAACGGCGAGACAGAGCUCUCCUUUGUUUUAGUUAGUUUAGCUAGCUGAGGCAAAGAAGUUCCCUGGACUGUGGGGUUUUUCCCUUUUCUUUGGACCUGUUUAAACCUGUUCUGGCCUGAACACCCAGGGGAGCACCAGCAGCUCACACCUGUGGCCUACCAGGCCAGGCCUGGGCCGUUGCAUUUCCAGCACCAGAGGGACUGAUAAGAGACUGAGUGAGCCAAGCUACAGCCCAUGGAGGGACUUUGUGAGUUUGUCUCUCUUUUAGAGCAGCAAGAGGUUUUAUUGUUUAAUACUGUUUAGGUUUUAUUGUGUAAUAAACAGGUUUUUCCACUUUCCUUCAAGGAGGUAUUUUAUUUUUCCUGAACCAGUUGGGGGAGGGGCCAGUUCAGUCUGCUGUCUAGAGGAACCCCUUUGGGGGUUCUCUCCCAAAUUUCUCCUGAACCAAAGGACAAGGUCUUUUCCAACUUCAGGGAUUCCACGAUUUUGAUUUCCCAGUGCCCAAGGGUGUCUUCCAUAGCCAAAUGGUGAAAAACUGGGGAAAAAACCAAGAUUUUGGAGACAGUGGGAUAGAAACUCCACCAGAAAAGGUUCUUGCCUUCUGCCUAAGCACGUGGAUCCUCAGCCAGCAUGGACACUGAAAUCCUUUUGUUAUGGUCUUGAUUUUCUUUUAAUUUCUCUUCAUGCCUUUAAAAUAUCUAAUCUUGAGGUAAAAGUAGACAUUGAACUAA